AUGCGUCCCAGUCUAGGACGCAUCGUGAAGCGGAAGCACAAAUCUAAUGCUAGUCACCAGGGCGAGCAGAAGGAUACAGAGCCGACCACAAAGAGCGUCCUCGAUCAGGUGCCACUCGAUGUGCUCUUGUACAUCUCGACCUUUCCCGAUCCUGUAGCGCAAGCUUCCCUGGUUCUUGCCAUUCGCGGGCUUUACGGACUGUACAGGAAUGCUUUGACACCUUUGGUCGCUGAUCAUAAUGAUCGCCGCUUCUUCCUACAUCUCAUUGAGCAUGAUCGACCUUUUUUGUUGCGAUGCUCGUACUGUCACAAACUCUACAAAUGGCAUUCAAUUGCAAUGCACAUGUGCUACGACCAUGGCUGUGGGGAGAGUCGAAAACGAGCCUUUGAUGCCGUGCACACAGGAACGGCCGGAUGGGACAGAUCCGCGUUCAUCGAGAAGACGAACGAGCUGAUCGGAAUAUCCUGUGCCGCUAUGGACUGGUUCAGAGCGGAGGCCACACAUAAAUGCGACUACAAUCGCCCGGAUCGGAGGCAUUACUCGUACCUCACACCAGCCAUCCGAGAUCUUGUUCUGCGCUAUGCACACUACAAAGACCUCGACCACGGGCUUCCGACACACGAGCUCGACCACGAAUGCUCUCCCACUCAGGAGACUUUUGACAUGGGCCGCCCGGGCGAGAGUCUAAACACUCAGCCAAACAGCAUGAAGAUUGCGGCAUGCGUCGCUGGGGAGACUCUACUGCUGCGGUACGAACGCGAGUACAACGUGGUCUAUUACAAGAACCACGCAUGGUGGCUAAAUGGCGCUUGUUCAGACGAACGAGGCUUCUGCAGACACCAAGUCGAUCACUUGUCUCAUGUUGUCGAGUUCAUCAUGUCAUCCGGGGCACUGAGGGAUCUCAAAUGCCAAUCGAUCUACCUCAACUGCGAGUCCUGCCCGACUGACUGGCUGGUGACAAUCGCGGCGGAGGGCGACUCCGACGAGGACACUGGAGAGAACAGCUUCGCUCAUCUCGGCGAGGACGGCCGCCUGCACCGCGUCUGGCUCACAGCCUGGCAUGAUCUGGGAACACGAAGCCAGUCCAGCGCCCCGGUCUUCGACGAGGAUUCGAACAGAACCUAUCAAUGGCCGAAUCAUCCGUGGCGCGACUUUGGCUGGGGGCCAGGACCGAAGAGAGACCGAUGCCUGGCGCUGGGUUUCUGCAAAAAUUACGAGACGGGUAAUGGUGAAGCGGCCGUCCCGCGAAAUGAGCAGAGCUACAUUUAUCUUGAUGAGCUCACUGAGGACAAAGUACGUGAAGAGCAUCGAACCGUCGACCACCAAAGAGCCGCCAAAGCAACCAAGAGCAGUCCGUUUCUCGCCUCAAGUGGACCGGGUGAUUAG